GAGUCAGCAGCACCCCAGUCUGCCCAUAACUGUAGCCUCCCUGUCCCAGUGAAGAAGCUCGAGGACCUUAGUGCAGAGAUGCAGGAGCUACAGACAUAUGACACCAUGCAGGUGGUGAAGAGACUAGAAGACAACCACCGUCUUAAGAGAGACCUGGACCAGUGCAAGAAUGGAUUUCACUCCACCAUCCAACCCACUCAACCUCCACACAGUAAAUGUCCCCACGGUGAAUUUCAGAACAUUACUGGCCCGAUGGUGUACACAGCAGGAGAGUACCCUGGCUCCUACAAGUAUGGAGCCUGGGGUCGGGAUCCCAAACCAGAGGCGGGGAAGGAGAGCUGGUAUUGGCUGGUAAUGUUGACCUCCAGCAACAGAUACGCCAACUACAUCCGUCUCUACUCUAGCUUGAGCUCUCUCAUUGUUGGGUUAAGCAUUCCAGGUAAUGUCCAGAUCCACUCCUCUAACCCAACCACCAACACUAUCCAGGGUCCGAAUGUUGUGCUGUAUGGAGAGGCCUUGUACUACAACUGUUACAACCAAGAUGCUGUUUGUCGAUUCAACCUCACCACCAAAACUAUCACCACCUUACAACUACCCAAAGGCACCAGGUUUAACUCAAAGGGUAACUUCUGCCACCUUGAGGAAUGCUACCCGUUCACCGACCUGGACCUGGCAACAGAUGAAUCAGGUGUUUGGGUGAUCUAUACCACCAGCCAGGACUUUGGCAACCUGGUGCUGUCCAAGGUGGAGGAGGAUGAACCAAUGACUCUUGGCCAGACCUGGCACUCCUCGGUCUACAAGCAGGGGGUGACCAACACCUUCAUGGCCUGUGGCGUGCUCUACGCAACACGGUAUGUCAACAAAACCAUGGAGGAGAUCUUCUAUGCAUUUGACACCACGACGGGGGUAGAAAGGUUCAACGUUGGAGUUUUCAUCAACAAGAUGUCUCCCAACAUUUAUUCCCUGAACUACAGCCCUGUGGACCAGAUGCUACAUGCCUACUGUGACUCCUACAUGGUCUCCUAUAAGGUCUUGUUUUGGUAGGGAAAUGUCUCUACCAAUAUUCAGCGACUACUGAGUUGUCCUUAGCAAUAACUGUGAUUAAAAACAUGUAAAUAUAA